AACCGGAUCCCUCCGCGCCCACCGCCCUCACAGCCCUGGGCGACGCCAACCCGGGCCCCGCUGACACGGGGUGGCCGCUCUCAACCAAUCAGAAAGGGAGCGCCCCGCCUGCUGAGCCAAUCAGGAGCCGGAACAGAUGGAAAAUGAACCAACUUCAGGCUUUGUUGAAUGACAGUCUUAUCAGAACAAAGCAUGUGGAAAAUGCAGCUAUUAUCAACAUAAAUGAAAGAAAAGUCUGUGCAUCAACCUCUGGCUUUUAUGUGCCACCAGAGAAUGCCAUAAACCUGAUCUACACUUUCUACAAUAACUUAAUGCAAGUUAGAAGGGAAGGACUCUACUUCAAGCAGAAGCACUAUAAAUGUGUCCGAGCAGAUGAGUAUUCCAUCUAUCUUAAAAAUCCAGAUGGGGGCCUGAUAGCUGUGAAGACCAAUGCUUUCAUCCUGAUUGCUACUUACAAAGUGGGCAUGUAUCCUAGCGUGUGCGUGGAAGCUGUGGAGAAACUCGCAGACUACUUCAGAGACAAGGGUAGUUAAAUCAGCAGAAACCUUGAACUUCAUCAAGCUCAGAAGGACUGUUCACCAGGAAAACAGACGUUCGAUGCGUUAUCCAACCCCAGCAAGCACCUGCUGUUUUACCACACUCCAACAGAAGAGCAAAGGCUGUUCCCCCCCCCUUUUUUUUUUUCCAAA